UAACCGACACAAGCUCGCGCGACAAAGAACGUUGCCUUCUCAGAGGCGCGCGCGCGCCCCGCCCGCAUAUCUUGUACCGUCCAUAUCGCCGCCGCCUUGCUGGAGAGGAGGAGGAUGAGAGGCGUGAAUUCAGAGCUGCUCGUGUAGUCGGAGCUUUGCAGGGCACGGCUCGGUGGAGCCCAAGUGUUCCUGUCACACGCCUGCGCAGUAGGCAGGGCGAGUCUGAGUACAACACGCCGAGGCAGCGGCGGGUGGCCAGCCGCCACCCUAUUUGGCGCGGCAGCAGAGAGAAGGGGCUGGGGGCUCUUCCCCACUGCGCACUGACAUCUUGGACCGCCGCCAGGCAAGGGGAGGCUCGACGCAGGGGGAGCCAGCGAGCCGCUCCUGAGGAUGGUGUUCGAGUCGGUGGUCGUGGACGUUCUGAACCGCUUCCUGGGCGAUUAUGUGGUGAACCUGGACAGUUCUCAGCUGUCGCUCGGCAUCUGGGGAGGAGCUGUAGCACUUAAGAACCUUGAAAUAAAAGAAAAUGCACUGUAUCAAUUUGAUGUUCCAUUUAAAGUUAAAGCAGGGCACAUUGGUAAACUGAAUUUGCAAAUUCCGUGGAAAAAUCUUUAUACGCAACCAGUUGAAGCUGUUCUAGAAGAAGUUUACUUGCUUAUAGUGCCUACAGCCAGUAUUAAAUAUGAUGCUGAAAAAGAAGAAAAACAACUCUUGGAAGCAAAGCAGAAGGAACUGCAAAGAAUAGAAGAUGCAAAGCAGAAGAUUGCUGACAAAGAAAAACCAGAGGAGAAGCAAGACACUUUCGUAGAAAAGCUAAUUACUCAGGUCAUCAAAAAUCUUCAGCUGAAAAUUUCCAACAUCCAUAUUCGUUAUGAGGAUGAUAUCACGAAUAAAGAUAUUCCAUUGUCAUUUGGUGUCUCACUUCAGAAUCUUAGUUUACAGACUUCUGAUCAAAGCUGGAAUCCAUGUAUACAUGAUGAAACCACUAAAUUGUUCUAUAAGCUUGUACGCUUGGACAACUUUUUUGCAUAUUGGAAUGUUAAGUCUGAAAUGUUUUAUCAUGGUGGUUAUAAUGAAUCUUUGAAUAACUUACAGCACGGGGUUGCAAAUACUAAUGUGAUUCCAGAAGGCUACAGUUUUGUGUUCCGUCCAAUUUCAGCUAAAGCCAAGCUCCGCAUGAAUCCACGAUCUGAUGUUGACUUUUCUGCACCAAAACUAGACCUAGAUGUAAAUCUUCAGGAUAUAGCCAUAGAACUUAAUAAGCCACAGUAUUUUAGUAUAAUGGAGCUCCUUGAAUCUAUCGAUAUGAUGACCCGAAAUUUACCAUAUCGGAAGUAUAGGCCUGAUGUUCCUGUGCACAACAAUGCCAAGAAAUGGUGGAAAUACGUUAUAUGUGGCAUUCUUGAAGUAAAUGUCCAACCCAAACUAAAUAUGUGGUCAUGGGAGCAUAUUCAUUACCAUAGAAGUCAAGUGAAGAACUAUAAAGAUCUGUAUAAAAUAAAAAUAACAUCAAAGAAGCCUGCAGAGGAGAUUUUAAACAUGUUGGAGCAACUAGAGAAAUCUUUGGACAUAUUCAAUAUCACUCUAGCAAGACAACAGGCAGAAGUUGAGGCAAUGAAGUCUGGAACAAAGAUUUUCAGACCAGGGGCUAAACAAGAUGCUGAAGACUCUGGUGGCUGGUUUAGUUGGAUGUGGGGAUGGACUGGAGGUGGUGGCCAACAAACUAUGCAAGAACCAAAAGGUUUUGAGCAAUUGAUGACUCCACAGGAAAAGGAUAAACUCUAUGCAGCAAUUGGUUAUAGUGAAACAGCUGCUGAUCUAACAUUGCCCAAAACGUAUGAAGCCAUCAAGCUUUAUGUAAAACUAUUCAGCGUGACUGUAUCGAUAAGGGAAAAUAAGGAGAAGUCUGAUCUGAUAAAACUUGCGUUAAUUGAUUUGUGUACAACAGUAACACAACGGCCUGGUGCUGAAGCAAUACGAUUUGAGUCAAGUGUAAGUGCAUUAGAAGUUCAGGGUAUGGCUCAAGGAAAUGUAAUACCCUGCUUGCUGUCCUCUCGAACAGUACAUUCAGCAGACAAUGCAUCACUCUUCACCAUAAUGUUUGAGACCAAUCCCUUAGAUGAUAGUGCUAAUCAGAAGUUAAGAAUAGAGUCCCAGCCUUUGGAAAUAAUUUAUGAUGCAAUGACUGUGAACAAUUUAGUGGAUUUCUUCAGACCGCCAGCUGAUGUUCAUUUAGAGCAAUUAACCUCAGCAACUUUGCUGAAGUUGGAAGAAUUCCGUGAGAAGACAGCAACAGGAUUAGUGUAUAUUAUAGAAACACAGAAGGUUCUAGAUUUAAAAAUAAAUCUUAUGGCUUCCUAUGUCAUUGUUCCACAAAAGGGGUUCUAUGAACCAACAUCAGAUAAAUUACUACUGGAUCUUGGUCACUUAAAGAUGACUAGUAAAAGUCGGUCUGCCUUGGCAGAUAUCAAAAUUGGAGAAAACACUCUAGAAGAUAUUAUGUCAAGAGCAUAUGAUAAGUUUGAGAUUCAGAUCAGCAGCAUACAGCUCCUUUAUAGCAGACAUUAUGAAAAUUGGGAGGAAGCUCGUAGUUUACGAUCUUCUUCUCAGCACAUCUUGCAACCUCUGGAUGUGAAAAUGGAACUGAACAGAGCAAUGGUUGUGACAGAUGCAAGAAUGCCUAAGUACAAAAUGUUUGGUGAGCUGCCAUUACUUUAUUUCAGCAUUUCAGAUGAGAAACUGAAAUGUAUUCUGGAGCUACUUGAUAGCAUUCCUAAACCAGAAAGUCCUGUUGAUUCUUCUGCUCUGCAAGCUUCUCCGCUUCAAGCACCUUCUCUGCUAACAACCCCACAAUUGUCAACUGUUGUCAUUCCAUUUCUAGAAACUCAUUCAGUAGCUGGAUCAAGCGAAUCUGAAGAUGAAUAUUUCGAUGCCCCAAGCAGUCCUGUGGAAGAUCGGAUAUUUUUUGAAGCACCUUUGGCUUCCUUGAGAAGAGCUGGCAACUUCCAGAAAACGACAGUGAGAAGAGAAUCUUUGAAGAAUAUGACUGAUUUUGAGCUAAGAUUUGAAAUAUCUGAGGUGUUCCUUCAAGUGUGUCGUCUUACUCAAGGUGCUGAAAAACCAAUCCUUCGCCUAGAGAUUUCAAAAUUAGGCACAAACCUUAAGCUAAGAACAUACGAUAUGGCUGCUACUGCUUUUCUUAGUGAAAUUUGCUUAAUUUGUCCAGAAUAUAUGGAUGACAAAGACAAGCCAGUUUACUUAAUUUCAACAUUGGAUAAUUCAGUAGAGGACCUUCUACAAAUUGAAUAUGUAAAGGCAGAUAUUAAUGCCCCAGAACUGAAAACUACAUAUCAGAAUGUUCUACAGCUGAUAAAGGUGAACUUUUCUUCUCUGGAUGUCCAUUUACAUACAGAAGCACUUCUGAAUACCAUUAAUUUUGUUAAUAAUCUCCUACCGAAAGAACAGACAACUUCAACUGUAUCGGAGAUUGUUCCGGAGAAAGAAGAGAAGAGGGAAGUUCUUAAGAAAUUAACUUCAAAAAAGGCAAAAUAUGAAGAUGUUUGUGAUCUCCGUGUUUAUGCAGACAUGUCCGGUUUACGUGUUUUUAUACGAGAACAAAAACGCAGGAUAGCAGAAAUUCAUGUUGAAGGUCUUGAUAGCGAGGUGAUGAUGAAGAAAGAAAAGACUGAAAUAUCAGCAAAGUUAAAGAAUAUAAUUAUUCUGGAUUGUAAUGAGGCAGCACUAUAUAAAAAGGCUCUCUAUAUCACUGGAAAAGAAGUAUUUAGUUUCAAAAUGGUGACAUACCUGUCUGCUACAGAUGGUAAUGCUUAUACAAAUAUGAAUGCUGUUGACAGCCAGGUUUACUUAACUGUUGGCUGCAUUCAAAUUGUGUUUGUCAACAAAUUUUUUUCUGCUGUUUUGGACUUUGUAAACAAUUUUCAGACAGCAAAGGAAGCAAUUACUGAAGCAACUGUUCAAGCUGCAGAAAAAGCAGCUACUGGUGUAAAGGAAUUGGCCCAGCAGAGUUCCCGAAUGGCACUGGACAUUAACAUUAAAGCACCUGUUGUCAUAAUACCACAGUCGGCAAUAUCUACUGAUGUUCUGGUUGCUGAUUUUGGUUUGAUCACUAUAAAGAAUACGUUUUUGAUUGUAAAUACUGUGCUUCGAUAUAAUCUUCCACCUAUUCUUGAUGAUAUACAUGUGAAACUGAGUGAACUAAAAUUGUACAGAUCAAAUAUGGUUGAUGACUCAUUGCAAAAUGAAGUACAGCUACUACAACCAUUAAAUCUUGAAGUUACCAUUCAGCGCAAUUUAGCUGCUCUUUGGUAUCAUGAAAUUCCUGAUGUUAAAAUAUUUGGACAACUCAAACCAAUGAAUCUAAUUCUCAGUCAGGAGGACAUAACUACUAUCUUGAGGACACUGAAUGAAAAUUUAGGGGAUAGUUCUGACUCUCCACCUUCUGUACUGCAAGAAAAAGAUACAGAAAGCACCCACCAUGAGGCAGCCAGUGACUCUCGUAUUUUUGGAGCUGGAGUAACAGUUGUAACAUCUGCUGUGGUGGAAACACAUUCUUCUGUUAAGGUUAAAACAACACUAACGUUGGAUUUCCAGUGUGAUUCUCUCACUCUUGUUUUGUACAGUCCAAAUUCAAACCAGCAGCCUCCAGUUCUGGAUCAGCGAGAUGUUCUUUGGAAACUUGCAGAACUUAAAUUGUUGUUCAUAUCAGCUGCUGCCAAAAUGUUGUCUGAUGGAUCAAUGAAUGCUUCAGUCAAGUUAACAAACUGUACUCUGGAUGAUAAACGGCAGAUGGUUAAGAAAGCUACACCAAAGAUGAUGGGAAUGAAACGUGGAAAUGUGGAAAAGAAAGUCAUGGUGGAUAUAAGUUAUAAGCAGGGAAGAGAUGGCACUGCUGUUCUUGAUACAGUUGUUCAGGAGACAUAUCUCUGUGCUAGCAUAGAGUUUCUCCUUACUGUUGUGGAUAUAUUUCUAAAUGCCACUGCUGAAAGCGCUGCGGCACAGAGAAACUUCACACAAACUUCAGCUUCCAAGGAAGAAGUGUCUGUACAGCCAGCAUCCACAAUGGAAAUAAAUGUUGUUGUUAAAAAUCCUGAGAUUGUGUUUGUGGCCGACUUAACAAGAAGUGAUGCACCUGCACUAGUGGUUACAGCACAGUGUGAAGUCUCUAUGAAAAAUGGCCCGGAAAUGUCUAAAAUGACAGCUACUGUUAAAGGUAUAGAAAUGAAAGCCUGCCCAUUUCUUCCAGAUAUGAGAAAAGGCAAUGUUACUACGAUAUUGCAGCCUUGUGAUCUCUUAUUUGAUAUGAUGCAGUCAGGUACAAAUCCUCAGAAAGGUGAUCUAUCUGUUAAGUCCAUAAGGAUUAAGGUGUCACCUAUUAUCUUAAAUACAGUCUUAACCAUUACAUCAGCACUUUUUCCAGCUAAAGAGACUGCAGAGAAAGACCUUAGUCCAGUAUCUCCAGACCUAUGGGAUAAGAAAGAUAUUAAAAAUCUAAACAUGUGGUUUUUUGAAGAGCCAAGUGAAAACAAAAAUCCUGCUUCCUUAACUGCAUUGGUCCCUACAGGAGAGACAAUGCAAAUGAGAAUUGAAAGUGUUAUCAUCACUCUUGAAGCUGGGGUUGGUCACAAAACAGUCCCAAUGCUUUUAGCAAAGUCGUCAUUUUCUGGAGAAGUCAGAAACUGGAGUACUCUGAUCAAUCUCUCUUCUCGUCUUGAACUAGAGGUACAUUAUUACAAUGAGAUGUUUGGUGUUUGGGAACCAUUGCUUGAACCAUUGGAAGUUGAAAACACUGAUACAUUCAGACCAUGGGUACUAGGAAUGAAGAUGAAAAAGAAGGCCAAAAAAGCCUUGGCUGAAGUUGAAGAAGAAGAAAACUACAAGGUGCCAGAAUACAAAACAGUGAUAAAUAUUUACUCUCAAGAUCAGCUGAACAUUACAUUGUCCAAAUGUGGACUACUAAUGUUGAGUAAUCUAGGCACGGCAUUUGCUGAAGCAGCUACACAGACUUCAGAAAUUUUCAAAAAAGAUCAGGCACCUUUUGUAUUAAUGAAUUCCUUAGGAGUCCCCACUGUUGUCUUGCCUAGUGAUUCCUUCAGUGUCCUUAAUGUUGACCCAAAGACAAAGCCAUAUGUUCUAGAAGAUGGACAGAGUCUCAGCAUGGAGUAUAUUGAGACCAAAGAGCAAGACCAUUUCACAGCAAUGACUACCUUAAGCAGCAAAGUAUUCUACAUUCGGCUCACUCCUCAGAAUCAUUCCACUACUGAAAAAAUCCCAUUGACAAAAGUGGGGCGAAGUAUUUUCAGAGUAAGGCACAAUGACUCAGGUGUUGUAAGAUCUAUUGUGUGUCAAAUUGAUACAGUUGAAGGGAGCAAGAUCAUUACAGUACAUUCACCUAUCCAGAUAAAGAAUCAUUUUUCAACUCCCUGGAAUAUAUAUGAAAAUGGAAAAUGUUUGGGAACUGCUUCAUCAAAGAAUGAAUUUAACCUACCCUUGACCUCUUACAGAUCACUACUAUUUUUUCGACCAGUUACUGAAGAAAAUAGCAUUUCUCAAGAAUAUGAAACAAGUGAAGGAGUUAGCUUUGAUGAAAUUGUGAAGAAUUUUGACAGAUCGUUGCAGAAGAAAUGUCAGCCCAUAAAAUCAUCUAACCAUCCUCUUAUCAUCAAUAUUGUUCCAGUGCAAGAUACAUUGAUAACUUCAGUGUGUACAGAUGAUCAGUGGGAUUUACCAUACAUUGUUCAUUUAUGGCCUUCUGUUGUUCUUCGCAAUCUUCUUCCGUAUCAAAUUGCCUAUUCCUUAGAGGGGCAUGAUACAACAUGCAACGCUCUACAAGAUGGAUGUUCAGCUCAGAUUCAUAAUGCAAUACUGGAUCAGAGCAAAUUGAAAUUACAUCUACUCAAUUAUCUUGAUAAAAAUUGGACCAGCGAGUAUCACAUUAGAAGAAAUCAGCAAGAAAUUAGUUUCCUCACAUUCACAAGUAUUACUGACCUAGAUAGGGAAGAUUUGGAUAUUGCUGUCCAUGUAACCUAUGCUACAGGACAAAUGAUUAUAGCAAUUCACAGUCCGUAUUGGAUGGUAAAUAAGACUGGCCGAUUGCUACAAUAUAAAGCUGAUGGCAUUCACCGCAAACAUCCACCUGACUACAAGAUGCCACUUCUUUUUUCUUUUCAGCCUAAACACUUUUACCAGAAUAAUAAGGUUCAGCUUAUGGUGACAGAUAGUGAACUUUCUGAUCACUUUUCUCUGGAUACAGUUGGCAGUCAUGGUUUUGUUAAAUGUAUGGGCUACAAGAAGGAAUACCAAGUUGGUGUCACUAUAAAUAACAGCAGUUUUAACAUCUCUAGAAUAGUGACUUUCACACCUUUUUUUAUGAUCACAAACAGAAGUAGACAUAAUUUAGAAGUAGCUGAAGAAGGCAAUGCAAAGUGGAUUCCAAUAAUUUUACAGCAGUGCACUCCUUUUUGGCCUGAAAAUAAUUCAAGCAAGUUAUGUGUUAGAGUAGAAAAUUCUAACAUCCCACCAAAAAUUAUACAACUUGAUAAACACGAAAAUUGUUUGCUUCUACACUUAGACAAUGGGCUUGGAGGCAUUAUAGUGGAUGUUACACUGGCUGAACAUUCAACAGUAAUAACAUUCUCUGAUUACCAUGAUGGAGCGGCACCAUUCCUGAUAAUUAACAAUACCAAGACAGAAAUUAUUGAAUAUGGACAGAGUUCCCUUUCUACAGUGGAAGAUUCUCUGCCAUCGAAUAAAGCAGUUCUGUAUACAUGGGCUGAUCCAAUAGGCUCCAGAACACUGAAAUGGAAAUGUGGAAAGAGCAAUGGAGAAGUAACUCAGAAAGAUGACUUGAUGACAUCUUUCCAAGCCGGAACAAAGUGCAUUUAUUUCGUUUCAUUUCUUGAAGGCUUACAACGCAUUAUCCUGUUCACCGAAGAUGAAAAGGUUUUCAAAGCAACAUAUGAAAGUGAAAAGGCUGAAUUAGCAGAACAAGAAAUCAUUGUGUCGUUACAAGAUGUUGGGAUUUCUUUAGUAAAUAACUACUCAAAGCAGGAAGUAGGUUACAUUGGAAUCACAAGUUCUGAUGUAAUUUGGGAGACAAAACCCAAGAAAAAGUCAAGAUGGAGGCCACUGAGCGUGAAGCAAACUGAAAAACUGGAGAAAGAAUUUAAAGAAUACUGUGACCUCUCGCCCACAGAAAAUAAAAUAGUUGAACUGGAUACUAAUGUUCCGGUCUGCUUGACUCCUACUGGUGACAGCAUGAAAAUACUAGAGCCAAAUGAAAUUCCUGUGAGAAGAAGUUUUUUGCCAGCUUUAAAAGUACAAUAUAGUACAUCUGAACAUCAGACAUCAUUCAGAGUCCAGAUUUAUAGGAUACAGAUACAAAACCAGAUUGCUGGAGCCAUAUUUCCCUUUGUGUUCUAUCCAAUUAAACCUCCCAAGUCCAUCACCUUGGAUUCAGAACCCAAGCCAUUUACUGAUGUCAGCAUUGUCAUGAGAACUGCAGGACAUUCUCAGAUAUCACGUAUAAAGUAUUUUAUGGUUCUUAUUCAAGAGAUGGAUCUCAGGUUAGAUCUUGGGUUCCUUUAUGACUUGGUUGAUUUCUUUACAUUUGCUGAUGAAGUGCCUAAAGACCAAGAGACUGCACUUUUCAAAAAGGAUGUUGAAACUGUACAGGAAGAACUGAAGGACAUAUCAUCAACUGAUACAUCACAAAUCAGCUUAUAUGAAUAUUUUCAUAUUUCUCCAAUCAAGUUACAUUUAAGUUUUUCGCUCAGCACUGGUGGAGAAGAUAGCAACAAAGAAAAGCGCAAGGAACUUAUUCCAGUUCAGUCCCUGAACCUCUUGUUAAAGAGCAUUGGGGCCACACUCACAGAUGUGCAGGAUGUUGUCCUUAAGUUGGCAUUCUUUGAACUCAACUAUCACUUUUGCACUACACAGCAACUGCAGUGGACUGUUAUUAUGCAUUAUUCGAAGCAGGCUAUUAAACAAAUGUAUGUUCUUAUCCUUGGCCUUGAUGUUUUGGGCAAUCCAUUUGGAUUCAUAAGAGAUUUAUCUGAAGGAGUUGAAGCCUUCUUCUAUGAACCUUAUCAGGGGGCUAUCCAAGGUCCAGAAGAGUUUGUAGAGGGAAUGGCACUGGGACUUAAAGCCCUAGUUAGUGGCGCUGUUGGUGGAUUAGCUGGUGCUGCAUCAAGAAUUACUGGUGCUAUGGCUAAAGGGGUAGCAGCAAUAACUAUGGAUGAAGACUAUCAGCAGAAGCGAAGGGAAGCCAUGAAUAGACAACCUGCUGGCCUCAAGGAGGGUAUAACACGUGGAGGAAAAGGCUUGAUGUCUGGCUUUGUUAGUGGAAUAACAGGAAUAGUAACAAAACCAAUAAGAGGAGCCCAGAAAGAAGGAGCAUCAGGCUUCUUCAAAGGUGUUGGAAAAGGCCUGGUGGGAGCAGUGACAAGACCCACUGGAGGAAUAAUAGACAUGGCCAGCAGCACUUUUCAGGGAAUUAAAAGAGCUACAAAUAUUUCUGAAGAUGUCGUGAGUCUCCGUCCUCCUCGCUUUUUUGGUGAGGAUGGAGUUAUUCGACCAUACAGAUUAAGAGAUGGUACUGGAAGUCAAAUGUUACAGAAUAUUGAAAAUGGAAGAUUUGCAAAACUGAAAUAUUUUACACAUGCAAUGGUUAAUAAUACAGAUUUGCUAAUGGUAACAAAGAGUGGCAUAUUGUUUGUGACAAGAGGUACUUUUGGACAGCUAACGUGUGAAUGGCAGUACUCAUAUGAUGAAUUUACCAAAGAACCAUUCAUUGUUGAAGGUCGGAGGUUGCGCAUUGAAGCAAAGGAACGCGUCAAGUCUGUAUUCCAUGCCAAAGAAUUUGGGAAAAUAAUUAAUUUUAAAACACCCAACGAUGCCAAGUGGAUUCUCGGUAAACUGGAAGAAGUAAGAGAAAGUCACACAACUUCAUGACCAUUGGUUCAGGAUUCCAAAUGACAGAAAGCAGUCCCGACAAUUCUUUUGAAUAUGAAAGAGGCAGGAUUUUGAUUAGUUAAAUAAAUUGCUUAUGAUCCUUCUACACAGGCAGAGUCAAAAGGCUGCCUUAAUGUCAUAAACACUGUUUUCAAGCUGAGAACUUUUGCCAAAUUGUGGCUUAUUGAACUUUUUAUUUUUAAACAAUGCACAAUUAUUUAAACCUAGGUUGCAAAAUGACACACACACACACACCCCGUUUUAUUCUUUCAUAUAAUCUACAUAACACUUUGUGAUUACGAUUUUUGUGGUAGCUGGUGUUUCCCCCUGCAAAGACUGAGCUUUAGUUUUGUCAGUUUUCAGAUGGAUUUAAAGGGACAUGCUAUAAUUACCACAUCACAUGUUAAUAUUCAGUUAAAUUCUUCAGGGAAAAACUGAUUUAACCAGCAAUGCUCUUAUAUUAUAAAUGACUUUGCUGACCAGUUUAUUCAAAUUAAGCCUUUUUAUUUACCAAUAUAGAUCACAUGAGGUUAUUUAGUUUUUUAUACUAAUAAACAGUUUGUUGUACUGUAAUAUCAUUUUUAGCAUUCACUUUUUAUAUGAUGCAAAAAAAAUAGCAAAGUGUUCUGGUUCCUCGUGGUGGGUUGAUGUAUACAUGCAAACAUGAAUUUAUUGAAAAGAUAACAGUAGGGAUGUGCCUUUGCAAUAAUGCUUUGAAUGGCAUGGUCCUUAACACUUCAGAUUAUCAAUGGAGUUGAAAAGAUCUUGUAAAGCAGUAUGUUUUAAAACAGUAUUUCAUUCAAGAAUAUCCCUUCAGUUUAUAUAAUAAUGUGGGAAAAGAAUCUACAGUCCAGCACUUUAGAUUUCCAAAUUAUUUUCUAUUAUUAACAUUUGCUUUCUGCAUUUCAACUCAAAACAAUAACAGUUUUUCAUACAGAACUGCAAAAAUAUAAAUAGGAGGGCCUCUAAAGGUUUGCAUAAAGAUUUUUAACAUUGAUUAAGUCAGGCUUUACAAUAAUGCCUAUAAAUACAUAUGUAUCUGAGAGCGUUGCUUAUAUAAAAGGAAACGGAAUGCAAAUUAUGUAAGUGUAUUAUUGCCUAAUCCAGAUUUGAAGACUAUGGAUGGUUUAAUGCAUGUAUUAAGUGUCUGCUGCAAGAAUAUUCUUUCCAAACUGGAGGAUUGUGAUGAGGGGUAUUGGGCCUUCUGAAAUAGUUGGUGGUGCUUGAGCUACCUGACCUGUAGCUUUGUUGUAAAAGCUAAAGUAAAUGGCAUGCCAAACUGUAAUUGUAUGCAUUUAUAUAAACUCUUGCUUGCUCCAUUAGGUAACUCUCUGAGCUAGUUACAAUACAUUGCAGUCUUCCCCAUAACAUUUUAUCCUUUGCUGUGCUGAAUGUAAAUUAAAUUAAUGAUUACCAGAAAUGCCAAAGUAUAAUUUGUCUUGUGUGACUCAAGAAUGUGAAUUCUGCCCGGAUCAUUGAUUUAACUGACAGUUGUAUCAAACUUGAGCAUUUAUUUACACUUUCUCAUGGCCAGCCUUAGCUGCCAACCAACCAUAUUACUCCUUCUCAACAUAAACAAUAAACAAUCCAAUGGCUCUUA